AAAAUCAUGAACUGCCAUGAAUGACCAAAAAUACCAAGAAAAAGUGCCAGAUUUAUGGGAUGAAUGGGAAAACGAAAACCGAAUAGUGGGAUUUCCCAAUGAUAAAGCAGAUUUAUCUUGUAACAAAAAAACAACCCAUGAAGAUAAUGUGCGCCUCUGGAAAGAAGCUAAUCAACAAGUUCCAGAUGUAGAAAUCUUAAAUUCACCGCGAACAGUAUAUAAACCAUCUCUUAAGAUCCUUAGGCGUUCUGUUGAUCAUUUAUAUAAUUCAUCUGCUUCUACUGUAUUGCCCCAGAAACCCAUAUCUACUGAAUCGGAACAAGGUCAGCGAGAAAAAGAACAGCGAUAUAGAGAAGCUCGACAGAAAAUUUUCGGUGUUUCGUCCACAAAAAAAGACCUGUAUAUACCUGUCCGAUCUCCCAUUGGACCCCUCUUAGGAGAAGGAUUUGUCAAGGAAAAAGAUCAAAUAUAACGUUUAUUUUAUUUUUCUUUGUGUAUUUUAUAAUAAGAACUUAUUUAUGACGGA